GUUUAUUGUGUGAUCUUUGUGUUUUGUUUUUUUUUAACACCAACACUUUUUUUUUUUUUAUCUUCACUCUUGUUGGCAGUUUUCCAGAUACAAACCAAUAAAGGAAAAAUCUAACAGUCAUUAACUUGCGCAAGUGCAGAGUCCAUCCACUGUACCUGGUGUUGACAUUCUUCUCUCAUUUCACGUGAGAACGUUCUCUCAGUCCUUCUUUGUGAUUUAGAAGUAACAUGGAGCAGAUCACAGACCAUCUUGUUAGGUACAAAAACUACAACUUUCCCAUCAAAUACACAACUGCAGAGUACAUCGACUCACUGCAGAGCUUUGAAAUUCGAGAUAGUGACAUAUUCCUCGUCACCUAUCCAAAGUCAGGGAGCAUAUGGACUCAGCAGAUCAUCAUCUCCAUCUGUGAGUUAGCUGGAGGUCUGAAUGAAUACCCAAACAACUUUGAGCAGAUGCCGUGGCUGGAGUACCUGGCUGGUCGAGAAGAUUACUCCCUACGCCCCUCUCCACGACUCUUCUCCUCUCACCUCACCCCGGCUCUCAUGCCUGCAGGACUGAGGAACAAGAAGGGAAAGAUUAUUUAUGUGAUGCGGAAUCCAAAGGACGACAUCGUCUCCUUUUACCACUUCAGUAAUGUCUGGGUCGACAUUGAGACGCCAAAGAGCUUUGAGCAGUUUUUUGAGGACUUUUUGACAGGCAAAGUUUUUGCAUCAUCCUGGUUUGACCACAUCAGGGAGUGGCAUUCAGUGAGAGACCAGUGCAACAUCCUCUUCCUGACCUAUGAGGACAUGAUAUUGGACCUGAAGACGGCUGUGACCAAGAUCUGCACUUUCUUGGGUAAAAACCUGAGUGAAGCAGCCAUUGAGCAGGUUGUAGAAAAAUCUACUUUCAAGAAUAUGAAGAAAGACGUGAAAGCAAACUACGAGUUCAUGCCAGAAACACAUGUGAAGGGAAACUUCAUGCGUAAAGGUCAGAUCGGUGACUGGAAGAACAUUUUUACUGCAGCUCAGAGUGAAAGAGUUGAUCGACUCCUUCAGGAGAAACUCGGCGACAUGUCUCUGAAGUUCAUCUUUGAAUAAGCAGAGCAGCAACUACUUCCUCAAAACAAACACAUCUGCCACAUGUUGUGUAAUAAACACUGUAUACCUGUAGAUGGGGCCAGAAAUGUUUCAAAUUGCAAAUGUUUUGGGGUGUUUCAAGAGAAAAAAUACAUUUUUUGAACAGAAUAUUUGUGAUUGCAUCCAUAUUUUUAGAAUAAGCUGCUGUAUUUCUGCAAAGUAUAAUUAAGAUUUAAUCCCCAAGUAUUGUGAUUCAGUGACGUUUUUCGUUUGUAUUCAUUAACUGACUGCAUUUCACCAUAAUCACACACAACUCCGUCUGCAGCUGCUAAUGUGUAAGCUGCAUCACGUAAAGCAUCUUUCACGAUGAAAUGAUUUGCAACCCAUGUUUGGACUUCUGUACCAUGAAGAAAUGAACAAUCCUGAGUGAAAACAAAACAACAAGAACGUCA